AUGGACGCAACGUUCACUGACGACACCGUGCAGCUCGUGAAGAGGACCGAGCUGCCGGUCAGGAUCGGACCCGACGAGACCGUCAUCCAUGCGAGCGCCGACGGUGGACCGGUCAAGGAAGAGCACUGGAAGAGUGAAUCGUACCUGGGCAGCGGCGGAGUCGGGCUGGUCUUCCGUGAGAAGUGCAUCGUGGGUCCGUCCUUUGGACAGCUGAGAGCAGUCAAGGAGAUACCACGGCCCAGGAACAGGAAUGAUGACGAUGUGGAUAUCGUGAACGAGCUCAAGGGGCUUUUAGUCUUUUCCCAGCCAGAGUAUGAAGCAUAUUUUGUUAGAACACUGGGAUGGUAUCAAAUUCCUUCGAAAGUGUUCGUCGCCAUGGAAUUCCUGCCGCAAGGCAAUCUGCACGCACACUUGAUGAACCAAGGCCCUAUUCCUGAGAACCACGGGAAACUCAUCAUCCGCCAAGUCCUCCGUGGAUUGGCCUACAUCCAUCAGUUCGGCCUGGCUCAUCGAGGGCUGAAGCCAUCGAACCUACUCAUCCGCACUCAGCCGCCAGGUGGCGAGUGGUGGGUGAAGAUUGCCGACUUCGGGAUUAGCAAGCGACCCAAACGCACCAUCAGCAUGUCUAUUGCUGUUGGAGACACUAUCGGGUUCAUGGCCCCGGAAGUUAUAGGUCUUUCUUCCACGACAGAUGAUCUAUCACCCGACAUCGCAGCCCAGAAGGCCGACAUGUGGGCUGCCGGAGAGACCCUCCAUUUCAUACUCACAUGUGCUCAUUCCUUCGGUGAAGGCCUCGAGGCCCUUCGGGAAUAUGCUCGGGAUGCUCGAUCUUUUCCAAAUGAAAGGCUCCAGGGCCUAGGACUGCCGACCUCCUGCGUCACGUUCAUCCAAGACCUGAUGUGUUCUCACCCGAAACUACGUCCCGACGCCGAGCAAGCCCUCGAUCACGUUUGGGCGCGAAUGCCCAAUCACUACGCAACAUCCUUCUCUAGGGUUGCUUGCACGAUCCGAUGCCGAGGAUUGGAAGCACCAUCCGUCGUGUUCUCCCACACUGGGGAGCGUCUUCUUGUGGUCUCGCCAGAGAAGUUGUACCUCAUCGAGUCUGCGAAUGGCAAUGUCAUCAAAAGCUACGAGUCGUCCGAAAGAACAUUCGCAUCCGCUGCGAUCUCCCCCGACGACAAAUUCUUCAUGGUGCUGGAGGACUCGGGUCGGCUCAGCCGAUUUGACGCCAAGAAGUUAAAACUCCUCGAACAACGAGGCCCGUUCGGCAAGAUGCCUGCCGGAGACUGCUUCGUGACGUACUCCCACGACGGGCGCUGCGUCGCGACUGCGCACACUGGCAACUUCGUCAUCUGGAAGCUGAAGGGAGCUGCCUUACCAACGGCUGGUACGUGGCGGACAGGCAACUUCACGGUCAGGUCCAUGCAGUUCACAUCAGAUGACAAGAAUAUCGUCCUAGCAUUAGACAGGGCAGUCCAUAUCAUGCCGCUUACGCCGGGCAUCAACGGUGCUGGGUACAGGAGGGAGGAGGAGAUGAUCAAUUACCCCGUCAUAGGACCCGUGUCCGCCGUUGCUACCAACGGCCUCGAUUACAUGCAUUGCGACGUCAACCACAUCUACCUUUGGCGAGACGGCGCUCAGUGCUGGCGACGACAGUACUAUCACUCAGUCCCUUUCCAAGACGCUGUCUAUUCCCCGUCCGGCGCGACAGUUGCGACAACAGAUGUUAGGGGAGGCGCCACGCUGUGGCGGGUGAGGAGUAUGGGUGAGGUAGGAUGUCUUAAGUUUCCGGAGGAGGGUGUUGCUCGAGUGGCAGUUUCACCACCGAUGGGCAAGUACAUUGCCAUGGGUUUAAUGGAUCAAAAAGGACCAAGGGUUGUUGUGCGGGAGAUUCUCAGUUAUGUACCAUGA